AUGACCAGACAGUACUUGCAGCGUGGCAGCGUGAGUUUGACCACCAUUUCAACUCCGUCCAAUUGCAGGACCUGCCAUUUCCGUCUCGGCAAACGCCCCAAGAACAGACAGCAUCUUUUUGUGUGUGCUACAUCCUACCACGAACGGUCGCAAACUCUGGUAGUGUGGUCUUGGUACCUCAGAUCGACCCUAAGAUACAGUCAGCAUUAUCAAGAUCAUGGAUGCUGCGACUGCACCUCCACUUCGCAUCCAGGUGAUUCAAUCAAGAGGAGUUUCUUCGUAUGCCGCACAAGCUCGUGUGCAUAA